GUCACGACUUGAGCUGUAUAAUUGAUGCAAUUGCCCAAGCCCGUAACUACACAACUCUAGAAGCACCUCGACUGUCAACUUCGAUCUCUCCCAUAGCCAUUUCCACAUCCCACGCUGACCCCACUAUAUUACCAUAUUACUACAUUACACAUAAGUGACCCAGAAAAAACAACCAAACUGCAUUCCCCAACAGAACAGAGUCAUCCUCAAACUCCCCCACCACCAAACUCCGUACCCCGCCAAGGUUCAAACCUCCUCCUCCAGCCACAGGCCCUCGUCGUCCUCGUCCUAGCCUUCCUCGCCGCAACGGCAACAAUGACCUCCAGCAUGCCCGGCUUCAUCGCCCGGCUGACCCGGCCCUUCACCACAGCCGCCUCGCUCGGCAUCUCCUCGGCCGAGAACGGCGCCGCCGCCGCCGCCAACAUCCCCGAGGGCGCACAGAAGGCCACCGUGGCGGCGGGCUGUUUCUGGGGCGUCGAGCACAUCUACCGCAAGCACUUUGAGGGCAAGGGCCUGUACGACGCGCGCGUGGGCUACAUCGGCGGCGACACCUCCAACCCGAGCUACCGGGCCGUAUGCUCAGGGAGCACAGGGCACGCCGAGGCGACACAGAUAACCUUCGACCCCUCCAAGAUCACCUACCGCGAGCUCCUCGAGUUCUUCUACCGCAUCCACGACCCCACGACGCGCAACAGGCAGGGCAACGACGCCGGCACCCAGUACCGCAGCGGCAUCUUCACCCACGGGCCCGAGCAGGAGGCCGUCGCCCGCGAGGUCACCGCCGCCGUCGACGGCCAGUGGUUCGGCGGCAAGGUCACCACCCAGGUCAUCGCCGCCGGCCAGUGGUGGGACGCCGAGGAGUACCACCAGCUCUACCUCGACAAGAACCCCUCGGGCUACCAGUGUCCUACCCACUACGUCCGCGACUUCCCGCCGCUCAAGUAGGGCGGAGAGAUCGGCGGGGACUGCUUGUUUCGUUUUGUUUUUGUAUAUCGAUAGGGGAAAUUUAACUUUGGGGUUGUUUAUGUAUGAAUACCCACUCAACUUAGGGAUAUCAGUUAGCGGAGAGGAGCUCAACAGGGAACGGAUCACGUCAACGUGACGGAGCAGAUUCGCACAUAGCUUUGUUUACUCUACAAUUCACAGGGGCGUUUGAAAUUUGGCUUUUGAUUU